UCAUUGGCAAUGUAAACAAUCAGCUGUCAAAGCAAAAAGAUGGCCGGGGUGAGUUUGUGUUGUUCUUGUUUCGAAAGAUUAAAAUACGGUCCGGAAGAAUUAGAUCAAUUUCAACGAAGCAGAAAAAUUGAUAAAAUGUUAGAAAUGGACAAAAAGGCACGUAGAAAACUUGUAAAAUUACUUUUACUUGGUGCAGGGGAGAGUGGCAAAAGUACAUUUCUUAAGCAAAUGCGAAUAAUUCAUGGUUUAACAUUUGACGAGGAAACUGUUGCUGAAUACAGAGUCACUAUAUUUCAAAAUGUUGUGAAGGGGAUGAAAGUUCUAGUUGACGCUCGCGAUAAAUUAGAGAUUGCCUGGCAAGAUCCUUCUCGAAGUCAACACGGCGAACGUGUGAUGAGUUAUGAAAACUUUUUCUUAGAUAAAUCAACAUUUUCUCAGUACGCUCCUUCUGUUAAGGAACUUUGGAAAGAUAAAAGUAUCAGAAUAGCUUACCAUAGAAGAAGAGAAUUUCAACUUAGUGAUAGCGUACAAUACUUUUUUAACAAUCUUGAUAGAAUAGCAUCCACCGAUUAUACACCCAGUCACCAAGAUAUUCUUCAUGCCAGAAAAGCAACCAAAGGAAUUACCGAAUUUACAAUUACAAUUAAUGAAGUACCAUUUUGUUUUGUAGAUGUAGGAGGUCAGCGAUCUCAGAGGCAAAAAUGGUUUCAGUGCUUUGAUUCCGUCACAUCCAUCUUGUUUUUAGUGUCUUCCAGCGAAUUCGACCAGGUGCUACUCGAAGAUAGAGCUACAAAUCGUCUACUAGAAUCGCGGAACAUUUUUGAAACCAUAGUCAACCACAGAGCAUUUGUGGAGGUGUCUUUUAUCCUUUUUCUUAACAAAACUGAUUUAUUAACUUACAAAAUUUCUAACAAAAUGUCUGACAUUUCAUUGUUUUACCCUGAGUUUAAAGGUGAUCCUUUCAGCAUAGAAAAUGUUCAAAAAUUUAUUUUAGAGCUAUUUGAAAACACAAGAAGAGAUCCAAAUAAAGCUAUCUUUCACCAUUACACUACAGCUAUAGAUACAGAGAAUAUUAAAGUAGUGUUCAAUGCCGUCAGAGACUCUAUCGUGCAAAAAAAUAUCACUCAACUGAUGUUGCAAUGAUAUGUUGAAAAGUCCCCUUUAUAUCAUGUAAAUUUUAUUAUACUAUUUAAACUUGAAGUUAUACUAUGUGGUGUCGAUUAUUAAGUAUUUUGAGUUUUAAAUUAUAUUUAAUUGGCAGCUGUUUAGUAUUUCUUAAAUUAAUUAAAUGAAAAGAAUUCAUUUGCAUGUGCAUUAUUUUGAUUGAAACUGAAAUCAACAUUAUAAUAUAUCUUAGCAAUUUAAAUAGUUUUCCUGCCAAAAGAUUCAUAAACUUUUUUCUCUAAUCAUAAAAUCAAAGUACUCCAGUUAUCCAUAUAAUUGUAAAAUUUAUUAAAUUAAAAAAAUAUAUAUUAUUUCAUUGACAUUCUCAAAAAAAAUUUCCUUAUUAUGUAUUAAAAACUAAUAAAUUAAUUUGCUAUCUUUUUUUUCUGAUUUUAGAUCUGCCAAUUACUUCUCAUUAUUUGAAUCCAACUAAUGCUAUAUCUAUCUUUGAAAACCUUAUAUCUCCCUCCUACUUAAUUAUCUUUAUAAAAUUAGUUUCAUUUCAUUAAAAAAUAAUUCUAAAAUGUGAAAGUAAGUCAUGAAUAAGACUUAAACUAUAAGAUCAAUGAUUAGUUUGAAUUUACGUAUUGAUAUUGCGUAAGAAACAAAAACCAUUAUAUUGCUUAGUUUAAGAAUCCCCCAAAAUAUGCUGAUAAACAUGCAGUAACUAUAAUACUAAGUAAAUUUAAUUGAAAAAUACAUUAUUAUAGUGAAUUAUUUUAUAUAGGUAAAUGUUUUAUAGCUUUACA